AUGCCUUCCCCGCGACGCAUGCGCUUGGUCCUGCUGGCGGCCAUCGUCACCCUCUUCCUCAUCCUGUUCUACUCGUCCCGCCCGAGCCAGGGCUCGCAGCCGGCCCAGGACUUCUCCCGCAAGACCCUGAGCCGGAUCAAGAAGGAUUCCCCGCCGGGGCAAGCCGUCAUCGACACCGAGACCGGGCGCAAGGCAGGCCUCAUUCCUGCCGACAAGGAUGGCGACGGGGACGUCGACGAAGACGACAAGAAGGCCGCCGCGGCGAUGCAGGUGCGGCUCAAGGAGGCUGAGCAAAAGGCAAAGAGCAACGCCAACGUCAAGGGGGGUCUGAAGCCCGACAGUCCGAGAAACGUCGUGGGCAAGGGCAGCUCGGCCGGCGGCCAGCCGAGGAAGGACACGGCCGAGGCGGCGGCAGAAGCCAAGGACGCCGAGGAGCAGCCCGACGCCGACGCCGACGCCGAGUUGAGCACGAUGCUGAAAAAGGCACCAGUCGUCAUCUUCUCCAAGACGUACUGCCCCUACUCCAAGCGAGCCAAGGGAGUCCUCCUCGACAAGUACACCAUCACGCCCGAGCCCUUCAUCGUCGAGCUCGACCAGCACCCGCUCGGCGCCAGCCUGCAGGCCGCGCUGGCCCACAUGACGGGGCGCAAAACCGUGCCCAACGUCCUCGUCAACGGCGUCAGCAUCGGCGGCGGCGACGACAUCGUCGACCUCGACAACCAGAACAAGCUCGCUCGCAAGAUCCAAAUGCUGGGAAACAAGCGCGUCCAAGUUUCGGAACGCUUCACUUCAGCCGGGAAGGACGUGUGA